CACACACACACACUCACUCACUCACUCCGGCUCUGCCGCUGCAUGCGUGCAGCUUGGAAAGCGACCAACUUGCAGUCUUCAACUCAAACAACGUGGACUUUUUAUUUCACUGUUUUAUAUUAUUUCAGUCCGGAUAAGGUUAAAUUCAUCUGAACGGGGCUGUGACCAGAGACCGGUAACAACCUGAUCCAGAUCCUGUUGUUUAUUUGUUUUUAGCUGGGUUUGAAACUUUUAGCCUCCGAGGAGAAACCGCGGCGGACAUGCCGGGGUUUGUGGCUUUGCUGGCCGUGUUUGCAGCCCUCUCGGGCGGGUCAAGGAGCUCCGUGACUGCGGUGGAGAUGCAGAGCUCCGUGGUCGGGGAGGAGGGGACAACACCGGCCGCGGCGGCGGCGGAGGUGAACAGCUCCGCGGUGGCCCGGGUGGAGAGCUCCGGGCACGGGGACGGGGACAGAAGAGCGGGGCGGGCUGGCUGCCACGGCCGCUGUCGGUGCGAGGUGGACGGGCCGCUGCACCGGGUGGACUGCUCGGACCUGGGUCUCCGGGAGGUACCGAGCAACCUGAGCGUCUUCACGUCUUACCUUGAUCUCAGCAUGAAUAAUCUGACUGUGUUGUCCGCUGGAGCUCUGACCAACCUGCCCUUCCUGGAGGAGCUGCGUUUGGCGGGAAACGAUCUGUCAGUCAUCCCCAGAGGAGCGUUCACCGGCCUUUACAACCUGAAAGUGCUGAUGCUCCAGAACAACCAGCUGAUGUCUGUACCUGCUGAGGCCUUCAACAGCCUGCACAACCUGCAGUCACUCCGCCUGGACGCCAAUCACAUCUCCAGCGUUCCCAUUGGCUGUUUCUCCGGCCUGCGCUUGCUCCGUCACCUGUGGUUGGAUGAUAACUCUCUGACGGAGGUGCCGAUGGAGGCGCUAAGCGAGCUGCCCGCCCUGCAGGCCAUGACGCUCGCCCUCAACCACAUCAGCCACGUUCCAGAUCACGCCUUCAGCAAGCUGGGCCGCCUGGUGGUGCUGCAUCUCAACAACAAUAGGAUCGUUUCCAUGGGAACGAACUGCUUCCACGGACUCCACAGUUUGGAGACGCUAGAUUUGAACUACAACAGCCUGGUUGAGUUUCCGACAGCCAUCCGGUCCCUCAGUCACCUGAAGGAACUUGGUUUUCAUAGCAACAACAUCCAGUCUAUCCCGGAGCACGCCUUCACGGGGAACCCCUCGCUUAUCACCAUAUUUUUCUACGACAACCCGAUCCAGUCUGUUGGACGAUCUGCCUUUCAGAACCUACCAGAGCUACGCACACUCUCUCUCAACGGAGCAGCAGAUCUCACCGAGUUUCCAGAUCUGACGGGAACCAAGAGCCUGGAAAGCCUGACUAUCACAGGAGCUCGGAUCACCUCUCUGCCCAGUUCAGUGUGUGAGCAGCUUCCAAACCUUCAGCUGCUAGAUCUCUCCUAUAAUCAGAUCCAGACUCUUCCCAGCUUCUCCGGCUGUGAGAGCGUUCAGAAGAUUGAUCUGCAACAUAACGAGAUAGAGGAACUGGAGGAGAACACCUUCCACAGUCUGAUGUCACUACGCUCUCUUGAUUUGUCUUGGAACAGACUGUCAACAGUGAAGCCGAACUCUUUCUCUGCUCUGCCGGCUCUCACCAAACUUGACCUGUCGUCCAAUCAGCUGUCGUCUCUGCCUCUGAUUGGUCUACAGAGUUUAACUCACCUGCGAUUGGCUGGAAACACACAGCUGAUGGAGUUAAUACCCCGAGAGGACCUGCCCCGAAUCAGGGUGAUGGAGCUUCCUUACGCCUUCCAGUGCUGUGCCUUUGUUUCCUGUGAGAGGAGAGGAGGAGGUUCAUCCUGGGAGAGAGAGGAGACUGCAGACUCCACAGGGAAAGACAUGUCCGUCCUCUCCAGCCAAGUAGAUCAGGACUGGGAGGAUUUCUUGAUAGAGUUUGAAGAUGAACCCAAACUUCAACAGUCUGUCCACUGCAGCCCUGCACCAGGACCGUUUCGCCCCUGCCUCCAUCUGCUCGGCAGCUGGUUGAUCCGUGGAGGCGUGUGGCUCAUUGCAGCGCUGUCAUUGGUCAGCAACAGCCUGGUUGUCCUGUCAGUCUUCUUUUCUCCCGCCGCCUCAGUGACACCACCCAAGCUGCUGAUUGGUCUUCUGGCCCUGGUGAACGGCCUGAUGGGAGUGUGGAGCGGGUGGUUGGCAGCGGUGGAUGCCUGGACGUUUGGCAGCUUUUGGAGGUAUGGAGCGAGGUGGGAGAGCAGCUUCCUGUGUCGCCUCAGCGGCUUCCUGUGUGUGUUUGCGUCGCAGACCGGCCUCUUCCUGCUCACAGUCACGGCUCUGGAGCGAUGCCUGGCCGCCACCGCCGCACGCCGCCACAAACCUGACGGACACAAUGGCCGCUCCUCGUCGCCGCUCUCCAUCCGUCUGGCCAUCUGUCUGUGCUUCCUGUUGGGCCUGGCAGUCACACUGCCCCCCCUAGUGGCCGGACACAGCAGCACCUCCCUCUGUUUGCCGCUGCCUUCCUCCUCCUCCUCAUCCUCCCUGGCCUUCUCCGUCUCCCUGGUGCUCCUCGACUCGCUGUGCUUCCUUGUCAUGACGCUCGCCUACACUCGCCUCUACUGUCGGGCCAACAAAGCUCCGCCCGCCGCUGAAGAAGAGGUGGCGUUAACUCGACAUGUCGCCUGGCUGCUCUUCUCCGACUGCCUCCUCUACCUCCCUGUCGCCUUCCUCUCCUUAUCCUCGCUGCUGCGCCUCUCUGCCGCCGGGCCCGAGGCAGCGAAGGGGGUGCUGCUGCUCGUGGCUCCACUGCCAGCCUGCGUCAACCCACUGCUUUACAUCCUUUUCAACCCGCUCGCCCGCCAGGAGCUGGCCGCGCUGGCCAAACGCACCUGCGGGGCCGUUGGGGUGCCCAGACUCUGCAGGGGAGGAGGAGGAGGAGGAGGAGGAGGAGGAGGAGGAGGAGGAGGAGGAGGAAGAUCGAGGCCGGACAUGAUGGAUUCAACGUACGAUGAGGACGCAGAGAAACAGUCAUGUGACUCAACGCAGGCACUGGUGGCAGUCGGAGGCACGAAGGAGGAAGAGGAGGAGGAGAGAGGACGAAGCGAGACACAACAUUCAGUGGCAUUUGUUGUUCAUCAGCAAUAGACUGAAACACACACACACACACACACACAAACACACACACAGACACACACACACACACACACACACACACACACACACACACACACACACACACACACUGUUGGACUGUGUGGUAGCAAAUGUAGCAGAAACCAGCCGAAAAAAAUCAAUCAAACCUUAAAAGACAGAAUAAAAUAAAUGAAAAGAGAACAACAAGAGGAACUUUGCUCUGUCCGGGACUUUAACAUUAUCCACUCUCUGAUUGGUCAAUCCAAGGCAGACACACACACCACACACACACACACACACACACACACACACACACACACACAGAUAUACACACACACACACACAUUCAGCAGCUUUUAUUUUGAAAUAUGACACGAUUUACAGCAUUGUGUUACCAAACAUCUAACCAAAUGUUCUACCAAAUGCUGUUGAGCAUUGUGUGUGUGUGUGUGUGUUUGUGUGUGUGUUCUUCCACAGCUAAUGUGUUCUUGCGAGUGUCUGUGAAACCUGCAGCGUCUGUGUGAGUUUCGUCAGAGUCGAUCCCCCUGAAACUGAAAAACAGGACUCAGAAGACUGUUAAAGACCUAAAACUGAAGAAGCUCAUGUUCAGCUGCUGAAAGACGUCCAAUGAAAAAGAGGCAAAGCAAGUUCAUUUAUAUAGCAUAAUUAAGACACAAAGGCAAUUCAAAGUGCUUUACAAAAGGCAUAAACAUACAAAGCAAAUAUAACUACGACAGGUCAUAAAAAAAUAAAAAAUAUAAACAGUAGAUGUAAAAGACUUUAGAAGCAUAGAAGUGUAGGAAUGACCAUCUCUAAGUGGUGUGUGUGUGUAUGUGUGUGUGUGUGUGUGUGUGUGUGUGUGUGUGUGUGUGUGUGUGUGUGUGUGUGUGUGUACAUAUUGUAAAUACAAGCUACUGUGACAAUCCUAUUUUCCUAGUAGACUGUGAGAAAUGUCUUUGCUGAAAAAAUGUUUAUCAUGUUUGUACAUUUACACUUUGUCAUUUCAAGUGUCUCAUAUCUGGAUUAUAUUACUUUAUUACACUUUUUUUUUUUACACUGGUCACAUAAAUGCGUCUCCAUUAGCCGGAUAAGAAAUCUGUCUUGGCAUUUAUUAAUUGUUAUAACAUAUAUAGUAUUAUUCUGAAAUGGGCCAGUCUGCAUAUUGAGUACUUUUACUUUUGGUACUUAAAGUAUAUUUUAAUGCCAGUUCUUCUGUACUUGUACAUCUGUUAGCUUGAGUAAUUAGAUUUCAAUUCGUCUUGAAUCCUUCCUGGAUGCAUUUACACUUUUUGUUUAAAUGAGAUUUCUGAUCCGCCUAAGUUGAAGUGACUCCGUGUAAAUGUUGUAUAAGUUUAUGGUGCAGCUCAGAAAUGUUUAAACCCAUUCUCAGUGUUUUUGUUAUAGUUGUUUUGUUACAAACUGUAAAAAUGUAAAAGUUUUAAUCCUG